AUGGCUUUAAUUGCUCAUGGACCAGACAUGAAUCUUCAUUAUCAUCCAAGUAAGGAUAACAUGAUUGCUGAUGCUGUUACCAGGUUGUCUAUGGGGAGUUUAUCUUGUGUAGAUAAGAAAAAGAGAGGUUUGGUGAUGGAUAUUUUCCAUUUUGCUAAUCUUGGAGUUUAUAUUUUAGAUUUAAUAGAUGGAGUCUUCUAUGUCUCGAUGUUAAGGAAAUAUGUGGGUGACCCUUCGUUGAUUGGUCCUUCAGAAGGUGUGGGAAUUCUGAAUUCCUUGUCUUAUGAGGAUGUUUUGGUGGAGAUAUUAGAUCAACAAGUUCUUUGGUUGCAAACGAAGGAUGUGGCUUUGGUAAAGAUUCUUUGGAGGAACCAAAAGGCUGACGAAGCUUCUUGGGAAGCUGGGGAGGACAUGAAGUCAAAGCAAGUGGUUUAUAUGCAGAAGGUAGAGAAUAAGAAAAAGAAGCAAGUACAGAUAGGAGAAAAGCAGAAGAAGAAAUUUAGAUAUUCAGAGAAGGGUGUAAAUCAGCAGAAUAGUGGGAGAGGUGGUAGACAGUAG